UAGGUGAUUUCAUGGCCUCAUCCCUGAGUCAGAUCUUCCAAAUGAGGACACCUUGGAGAGCAAAAGGGGGCUCCCUGAAGAUUUCCUCCAGGACAGCAGGAACAAACCAGGAUGUCCCAGGCAGGAGGGUAUAGAAGGGAACUUGUUGAUAUGAAAUCGGCCAGAUGACCUGGAAAAUACACAGACUGGGACAAGUGUGACUUGAGCCUCUUGGGCCCAGGACAGGGGUACAGAGGAGGAAACGUGCACAGAGAGAAGCCCGUAAUCAGCCAAGGGUGCAGAGGUGUUAUACAUAAUCGCUCUUCAGGGAACCGGGCAAGCAGCCCACGCCCCAGCUGCACUCCUUCUCCUCCUCUGAACUCACCGUCCCUUCUCUGGAACUCCUAAGCCUGACCCCGCUCCCUGGCCCUCCCAGCCCACGGUUCCCCUGACCCCACUCCCUUUCCCAGAACUCAGUCAUCUGAGCCCCCAGCCUGCGGUUCUCUCCUAGGCCUCAGCCUUUCCUGCCUUCGGCUGAAACAGCAGCAUCUUCUAAGCCCUGGGGGCUUCCCCAGGCCCCAGCCCCGGCCUAGAACCCGCCCGCCGCCUGCCACGCUGCCACUGCCGCUUCCUCUAUAAAGGGACCCAGGCGCCCGGGCCAAGGGGCCCCGCACAGCAGGUUUUCCCCAUGACACCACCUGGACGCCUCUACCUCCGGAGGGUGUGCAGCACCCCCAUCCUCCUCCUCCUGGGGCUGCUGCUGGCCCUGCCGCCCGAGGCCCAGGGGCUCCCUGGCGUCGGCCUCCCACCCUCAGCUGCACAGCCUGCCCAUCAGCACCCCCCAAAGCACUUGGCCAGAGGCACCCUCAAACCUGCCGCUCACCUCGUUGGAGACCCCAGCACCCCAGACUCGCUGCGUUGGAGAGCGAACACGGAUCGUGCCUUCCUCCGCCACGGCUUCUUGCUGAGCAACAACUCCCUGCUGGUCCCCACCAGUGGCCUCUACUUUGUCUACUCCCAGGUCGUCUUCUCCGGGGAAGGCUGCUUCCCCAAGGCCACCCCCACCCCUCUCUACCUGGCCCACGAGGUCCAGCUCUUCUCCUCCCAGUACCCCUUCCACGUGCCACUCCUCAGCGCUCAGAAGUCCGUGUGCCCUGGGCCACAGGGACCUUGGGUGCGCUCUGUGUACCAGGGGGCUGUGUUCCUGCUCACCCAGGGAGAUCAGCUGUCCACACACACAGACGGCACCCCCCACCUGCUCCUCAGCCCCAGUAGCGUCUUCUUUGGAGCCUUCGCUCUAUAGAAGAAUCCAGAAAGAAAAAAAUUGGUUUCAAGGCCUUCUCCCCUUUUCACCUCCCUUCUGACCACUUCGGAGGUCACCGUGCCUCUCCUCUGACAAUUUCCAACAGUCUCAUCUUCCCCCACACUCAGCACCUGGAGCUUCCGUAGAAGGAAUUCUAGGCACCUCGGGGGAACUGGAACCACCCCGGACGCUCUGCUGAGGAUCUGAAUGCCCGCCUGGAGCCCUUCCCCUGUUCUGCCCAUCUAGGGGGCCUCGCCCAGGACGUGGAAGGGAAGCUGACCCAUGAGGGACUUUGGAUGGAUGACCGGAGGCGGUGUAGGGGGGGGUUAUUUAUGAAGGGGAAAAUUAAAUUAUUUAUUUAUGGAGGAUGGAGAGAAGGGAAUCACAGAGGGACGUCAGAAGAGUGUGACACAUGUGCCCAAGAGAUAAAGUGACAGAAGGCAUGGGCUCCAAAUGACCCGGCCAGAGAGGGCAAAGUGGCUCAGGAAGGGGCUGCUUGACUGGAGGCUCAUGAGGAGACGGCUGACCCUCGAUGAAACCCAAUAAAGCUCUUUUCUCUGAAA